CCCAGGAAAACCAGCCCUGGAGGGUUAUUCCAGCCUCCUGUCCCACCAGGUGAGAGCCAGGAGAGACUUAAUUCUCUUUAAAAGCCUGUGUAGGUCUCAAGAGUCGCUUCAAAACCCAGUCCCAGCCCCUGCUGGGGGGCCCUGGACCCUCCCCCAGCACUGCCCACUCGCUCCAGGGAAGAACAAAGAGUUCCUGCUCCCUGUGGUGGUUUUCCAGGCAGCCCCAGGCUGGGCUGGGGGUCCCUGACCUGGGAAUUCCUGUGGGUUUUAGUCCCUCAGGCCGAGCUGUCCCAUUGCUGCCCACCCCCAGCUCCCUGCUGGGGACGGGGCAGUGGAUCCAAGGCAUUAAUUCCAUGUUUUAGUUGCCGGGUUGGUUUUCCCGUGGCCAAUCUGUCGUGUGGACUCGGCUCCGGGCUCGUGGUGUGAGCCAGGGGGGAAAAAUUCCUGGCUGGGGCUGGUGGGAACUGUCCCAGGCUGUGGCAGGACCCGUCACCUCCUCACUCAUCCAGGCAGUGUCCAAGGGGUGUCUCAGUGCCGGGGUUCCUCGUCUUCCAGCGGGAUUUGUGGGAAAUGAAGGAAGCUGCUGUCCCAGGACGGGCCGGAGCAGAGCUGGGGCAGGGCAGGGUGGGGGAAAUGAGAGUCCCUGGUCACCACAGGGGGGGAUAAACUCGAUUUUACAGCGUUGGCUUUGAGCUGGUGGCCAGUUUUGGGGGAGGUGAGGUGGCAGCUCUGCUGUGAGGGCCAGGAAGGGACUGGGGGUGUGACGGGGGGGACACGGGAGGGACAGGGGCACCCCUCUGCCCAACUGGGGCAGGGACCCCCCGGGGCUGUGUGUCCUGAGGGCAGGGCCCCGUGUGAGGCAAGACUUGGGUGAUUUGAUGUGCUGGGAGUUGAUGGCCUUGAGAGAGAAGCCUCGGGUGCUGUGAUUGUGUCAAAAAGAGCUGAUUUGGGGGGAGGGAGGAAGGAGAGACCCGGCUCUGUGUCCACCCCUGGAUCCAGGGGGGGAUGUCUGCGGCACGUGGGGCUUCCCAGGAGCUUUGUGUGGGAAGAGCAGCCAGCAGGGAUGGUUUUGGUGUGGGAAGAGCAGCCCCUUCCCUGCCACCAGGGAUGGUUUUGGUGUGGGAAGAGCAGCCCCUUCCCUGCCACCACGGACGCUGUUGUUGGCCCUCGAUGGUGUGGAGAUGGUGGGAGAGGCUGUGGGAGCAGCACCAAGGGGUUAAACAGGUCCCAGGGGGGAGCCUGGAGGGACUCACACCCUCUGCCCAAUCCCGGGAAUCCCUCUGUGCUAAUUGAGCACUAAGCAGAUCAAAGGCUCCAAUCAGGGAAUCAACACCCCCCUGGCCUCAUCUCCGGGUCCCCAGCCCGGGCUGCCCUUUGUCUGGAGAAGGAGAGAGGGGCAAUGUGGCUUCUCCCCAGCCUGGCCUGGGCUCUCCUGAGCCCCAUCCUGGGGUCGGAGCUGAGCGUGCAGGAGAGUUUGUUGUUGAAAUCCUUGGGCCUGAGCACCAAACCCAGCCCGAAAACCCCCGUCCCGGUGCCUCCCCUGCUCUGGAGGAUCUUCCAGAAGAGAAAGAUGCCUCCCCCGACGGACAAAGACCCCGUGGAUGGCUGUAGGGUGGAGGAAUUUAAUGUCCCCGGGAACAUCAUCCGAGUCCUCGCUGACCAAGGCCCCUUCAUCCCCGAGGAGCAGCCCCAGGGGUGGCUGUGCCUGCGGAAGCGCCUGUUCUUCAACCUCUCCGUGCUGGAGGAGGGCGAGCGCUUGACCAUGGCCCAGCUGGAGAUCAAAUUCCACCACAAUUCCUACCACCCCUCCCGCCGGGGGCAGGUCUUUGAGCUGAGGCUCUUCCAGACCCCCGAGUUGUCCCCCCCGGGGGUGUCCCAGCCCAGGCAGAAGCCGCUGGUGGAACAGUCCUUUGCUCAGCUGCACAAGUCCCUCCUCUUCAACCUGAGCGUGGCAGUGAAGGACCAGAGGAUGCGCGGCAGGAGCUUGGGAUUGAUCCUGGAGAUCUCGGCGGGUGUCGGGGCGAGCGGGGGGGCCCCGCGGGGCCUCUGCUCCGGCAUCGACUCCUUCCUGGACACCUCCCUGCUGGUGGUGACCCUGAGCCAGCAGUGCCAGGCCCCUCAGAGGAGGAGGAGGAGGAGGAGGAGGAGGAGCAGCGCCGGGCUCCCCCCGCUCACCCCGAGCAACCUGUGCCGGGCGCGGCGGCUCCACAUCAGCUUCAGCGACGUGGGCUGGGAGAACUGGAUCAUCGCCCCCCAGGGCUACCUGGCCAACUACUGCCGGGGGGAGUGUCCCUUCCCGCUGACGGCCGAGCUCAACAGCACCAACCACGCCGUCCUGCAGACCAUGGUGCACUCGCUGGACCCCCAGGGCACCCCCCAGCCCUGCUGCGUCCCCGUCAGGCUCUCCCCCAUCUCCAUCCUCUACUACGACAACAGCGACAACGUGGUGCUGCGGCACUACGAGGACAUGGUGGUGGACGAGUGUGGCUGCAGGUAGAGAGAGGGCGAGCAGGGCGGGGUGGCUGCCGGGUGGAACAAACCCCGAGUGGUUCCAUCCCCUCUGUGCCGGCGUUCGGGGAGUUUCCCGUGGGUGCGUCGGGGGGUCGGAGAGUUCUGGGGUGGCGCGAAGGGAUCGUGGCUGGAGUGAGUUGUGGUUUAGGGCUGGAGUUGUGAUUUAGGGCUGGACUUGUGGUUUAGGGCUGGACUUGUAAUUUAGGGCUGGACUUGUGAUUUAGGGCUGGAGUUGUGGCUUUUAGGGCUGGACUUGCGAUUUAGGGCUGGACUUGCUGUUUAGGACUACCUGGGUGUUGGGCUGGGAUUAUGAUCGAGCCUGGUGCUGGUUGUCCAUUCCCUGCCCCACAGGGGGUGGUAGCACCAGGCUGUGAGUCCCAGACUCCCCCUGAGGUGCUGAUUCUUUGGGCUCCUUGGCUCGGCAGCUUUCUCGGGGCAUAAAUGGCUUUUGGGGGUGAAAUGGGGCUGGGGGGGUCCCCGGGUGUGGCUGUGAGGGGAGGAGGUGCUGCUGCAGGACAGAGGGAUGGUGUGAGGGCACGAGCUCUGUGUGACCAAAUCCCUCCCCCGGGGAGGGAGGCAGAGCCCGGGGUGGGACACACGAGGUUUUUCUCCCUGGCUGGGGGAGCUCAGCCCUGAGCUGGUUUUAUGGUGACAGGGUGGCUUGGGGGGGACAGAAAUGGUGGGUGGCCAAAUGCAACGGAGGUUUUGCCCCAAAAAAGCCCCCUGGGAGCUGCAGGAUGGAUGUUGUGGCCGAGGGGGGGGGGGCUGUGGGGGACAGUGGGCACGGGCAAGGAGUCGGUGGCAUCUUCUCCCAACCCGCCGUGUCAGUAUUAAUUUACCUCAUUUGCAAAUGGAUGAGCCCAGGGUGGCUCUGUUCCUGUGUGUCCCUCUGUCCCUGUGUGUCCCUCUGUCCCCGUCUGUCCCUCUGUCCCCGUGUGUCCCUCUUCCCUGCGUGUCCCUCUGUCCCUGUGUCCCCCCCAGGUGGCAGCCGAGCACCAGGCACGGGCAGAGCUCUCAGGCCCUUGUGUAUUUUAGGGUUAUUUUGGGUUUAUUUGUUGCUUUCUGGGUUGGCCCCAGGCCCCUGCAAUGGUAUUUAACGCCCCUAACGAGCAGCCCCGGGCAGCAGGGACCCGAAUCUGCCCCGUCUUCCCUCGUUGACCACUUUUCUUCCACUUCCCAGCGUGUGGGCUCUGAGUUUUCCAGCAGCUCAAGGUUUAAAUCCCGGGCCUGGCUGCUGAAUGUCUGUUCAAAGCCACCCCCAGCCCUUCAGGUGGGACUUUCCUGACACCACUUUUGGGGGUUUUUUUGUUAUUGUUUUAUUUUUUAGGGCAAGGGGUGGGAACAGAACAGGAAUCCGAGUUAGACUUGAAUUUUUUUGCUCUUUUUUUUGGUUUUUUUUUUUUUUUUGGAACUGUGAACCUGCCCCUGUGGCCUCUGUUUAUUUUUUUCUCUGCUGUUUUCGUACCGAUGUUGUGUCGCCUUCGAGGUCUGAUGAAGUUUUACCACCUCCUUCCACCCCCCUUCCCCAUGGCAAGCACUGAGGGUUUAACCACUCUGGGGGUCCCCUGUGAUGGUGUUUUUUGCUUAACAACACCCCCUAAAAUGUGUAGCUGAAGACCAAGACCGGAGCAGCUCGGGUACUUUUUAGGUGUAGCUUUACUAAUCUUUUCCCACCCAGGUGUCUCCUGAGAGCUCCAGGGCAAGCCCAGCCCAGCCCUGCUCCUGCUGAAACCCCUCUCAACCACUGAAAAUGUUCUAAGGGCUUAACUCCGGGGAGUUAAAUCCCAGAUUUAAGAUCAAGAGU